AAGAAAUCACACAAACCCCAGCACUGUAAGCCUACGCCACCGCCGCAAGGAGUGAAAUACUGCCGCCGUCCGUCGCACUCAAAGUUCGCCAUCCGUCAUCUAUCUUCCCUCGUGCUCCUAGUCUUCAACCCCUGUUCGCUGUCACCAAUUGCGGCUGCUUCCUCGAGCUCGGCGUCCGUCGUCUUUGUCUGCUCAGCCUUCCUUCCGUCGUCGUUUGUUUGCCGUUCACGUUCACAUCUUCGUUCAGCUGUCGUCUUCGUUCGCGUUCUUCGUUGUUCACCGUUCGAGUUCGCGUUCGUCUGGAAGCCACGUUGCUCCGCUUCAAACUCUGCGACCAACCCGCGCGCUCCACCCAGCCGUCGAACUGCUCUCUUUUGUCGCCAAAGAGUGCAUUGUAAUCAUGGUCCAGUGGCAAAGGCAUUUCUUGCCAGUUUUUCGUCAAAUUGCACACUCUGCUACCACCUCAUCUCCCCAAGGUAAGGGUCUGACGACAUUGACAGCAAGAACAAUACUAUUGCCCUCAAUUUCAAGUCGUAGCCCUGUUUAUCACUCUUUCCAAUACCAGGGAAUUUCGGGUUCUACCUGUUUGCUUUCUAAGUCAUCAAAUCUGGAACAAACACCAACUUCCUCCCCGUUAGCCUUAACUUCCUUUUUGGGUAGCAAAGAAGCUCAAGACCAGAAGCAGACACCUGUUAAGAAAGAAAGAGUUCAAGCAGUAAUGUCAAAAAUAAAGCAGAGUCCUAAGAAGGUCAACUUGGUUGCUGCUUUGGUUCGUGGUAUGCUGGUUAAAGAUGCAUUGCUGCAAUUGCAAGUGACAGUAAAGCGAGCUUCAAGAACUGUAUAUCAGGGUAUUACUCAAGCCCAAGGAAAUGCCGUAAAUAAUCAUGGAUUGGAUGCAGAGCGCCUCAUUGUUGCCGAAGCGUUUGUUGGAAAAGGAUUAUUCCGGAAGAAAGUUUCUUACCAUUCCAAAGGAAGAGCCGGCAUCAAAGUCAAACCGGAAUGCCGGCUAACAGUUGUAGUAAGAGAAAUAACCGCUGAAGAAGAGGCGAAGAUUGCGAGGUUGAAGGUUCACAAUUUCCGCAAGCUCACGAAGCGUGAGAAACGGCUUGUGCCGCAUCAGCUUAUUGUGUCCAAUCCUGUUUGGGGCCGCAAAAACAAAUCUAGCGAUCGAAACUCGAGUGCCACUGCUGCAUGAGCUUCUUGAAUAUUUCAGAGUUUCAAAAUAGUUGUUUAAUGGUUGUGGCAUAUUCUUGUUAUCCAUCUUCAUGUGAUAGAAAUAGUUGUUAAGAAAUAUCCUGGCUAGUUUCACAUCGAGAGUAACUCCAAAUGUUAGGAUAUUAUGGAGAAAUUUGUCUACCCCCUAAUUCUUCCACAACCACUCUUUCCGGAUUUGGCAUCUAAUUGAAUUGGAGAAAUAAAAUAGGAGAAUCUAUGUCAAGAAUGAUAAAAAACAAAUACAAGUCAGUCCAUGGGAGUUGCAAUUUAAUUGAUCUUCGAUUUGUAAUCCAAAGCUAAUAUUGAAUAUAUAUUAAUUAAUAA